UUACUUAAUAUUCAGCUCAAAUAUGCACCUAAAGUAUACAAAAAGGUUUCUGGACCAGAUGUUGCUUCAAAAUUCCGUACUGACAGAUAUCAUAUCUGCAAGGAAGACUUUGACUUUCUUUGGGUUCGAACAACUGAUUUUUCCAGUGUGAAGUCAAUUGGAUACUUGUCAUCGCUUUGUUGGAAAAUCCAACAAGGAUCAUCAAAUGUAGAUAUAUAUACCAGUCUGCCAUAUUAUAAGAAAGAUGUGACGGAACUAUCUCUGAUAGAAGGCAAAAAGUUCCAUUCGGCUUCUAAUUUGGUUCCACUCGUGACAAAUCACUUGGAUUUCAAAUUAGGAUAUGAGGUCCUUUUCCAGCUUAACUCACUUGUACAUACUCAUAAGUUGAGCCUUGCUGCAGUUGAUACUGAUCUGUAUCAGCUCCUCAGUGGAAUAGAUAUUGACACUGCAGUGCUUGUUCUUCAGAAAAUGCACAAGUUGGAGUCGACUUGUUUUGAACCGGUGUCAUUUAUCAAAUCUCAUUUGCAUGUAGUCAAUAGGGAUGGCAAGAAUCUUGCUUCAGCAGCUUAUAACAGAUUAAUAAAUCAUAAUGUGAUGAGUUGUCAUAGAGUCCUUGUAACUCCAUCAAAGAUCUAUUGCUCGGGUCCUGAACUUGAAACUUCCAACUACAUUGUUAAGAACUUUGCUUCAUAUGCCUCAGACUUUGUGAGGGUCACUUUUGUUGAUGAAGAUUGGGGUCGGAUUUCUGUCGGUGCUCUUUCUACAAGCAUUAAGCGAGGCAUUUUUGCAAGGCCUCAUAGAACGGAUGUAUAUGAUAGGAUUUUAUCUGUCCUCCGAGAUGGGAUUGUUAUCGGAGAGAAAAGGUUUGAAUUUCUGGCAUUUUCUGCUAGUCAGCUCCGUUCAAAUUCGGUUUGGAUGUUUGCUUCAAAUGAACAUGUGAAAGCACAAGAUAUCAGAGAGUGGAUGGGUUGCUUUAGCAAGAUUCGUAGUGUAUCGAAAUGUGCAGCAAGAAUGGGUCAGUUGUUCAGUUCCUCUAUGCAAACUAUAAAAGUCCAGCCUCAAAAUGUCAAGGUUAUUCCUGACAUUGAAGUGAUUUCGGAUGGUGUGGGAUAUUGCUUUUCCGAUGGGAUUGGAAAGAUCUCCUUCGCUUUUGCAAGGGAAGUUUCACGGAAGUUGGGUUUGAGUCAUAUUCCGUCAGCAUUUCAAAUACGUUAUGGUGGCUAUAAAGGGGUAAUAGUCAUUGAUCGCCGUUCAUACGAUAAGUUAGCACUACGCAGUAGCAUGCUUAAAUUUGAAUCUAAGAACUGGAUGCUCAACGUCACUAAAUGGAGCGAUUCGAUGCCGUGCUACUUGAACAGGGAGAUUAUUAUUCUGUUAUCAACCUUGGGGACACAGGAUGACGCAUUUUUGGCAUUGCUUGAAGAACAGCUUCAACUUCUGCGCCAAAUGCUGACAAAUAGAGAGGCAGCAUUGAAGGUUUUGGAGAGCAUGGGUGGAAUCGACGGAAAGGGUGUUUUAGCAAGGAUGUUGCGUCAAGGUUAUGAACCAAACAAGGAGCCUUAUCUCUUGACCAUGCUUCAAUCACUUUACGAAAACCAGCUUUCUGAUCUAAGAAGUAGGUCUCGUGUUUUUGUCCCAAAAGGUAGGGUAUUAGUAGGAUGCUUGGACGAAACGGGAAUUUUGGAAUACGGCCAGGUUUUCGUACGAAUAACCAUGAAUAAGUCAGAGCUACAGUGUGGUGAACAGACAUUUUUUCAUAAGGUUGAUGAUACUACAUCCAUUCUUAAAGGCAAGGUGGUGGUUACCAAAAAUCCGUGUCUCCAUCCGGGCGAUGUCAGAGUACUUGAAGCUGUCUAUGACGAGAAAUUAGAUGGGAUGGGACUCGUGGAUUGUCUUGUUUUCCCGCAGAAAGGAGAAAGGCCUCAUCCGAACGAAUGCUCUGGUGGUGAUCUUGAUGGUGAUCAAUAUUUCAUAAGUUGGGAUGAAAAUCUCAUCCCGGCUCGAACUGUGGAACCCAUGGACUACACUGGUCGACGGCCACGAAUAAUGGAUCAUGAUGUGACAUUAGAGGAAAUUCAUAAGUUCUUUGUUGAUUACAUGGUUGGCGAUACGCUGGGGGCCAUCUCUACAGCGCAUCUGGUCCAUGCAGACCGUGAACCAGAGAAAGCUCUGAGUUCAAAAUGUCUAGAGUUAGCAGCCCUUCAGUCUAUGGCGGUCGACUUUGCCAAAUCCGGAGCUCCAGCCGAGAUGCCAAGGUCUUUGAAGCCGAGAGAAUUCCCGGAUUUCAUGGAAAGGUGGGAAAAGCCCAUGUACAUCUCUCAAGGUGCACUCGGCAAGCUUUACCGUGCCACCAUCGAGUCCCACCAUCACAUCAACACAAACUCCGACUGCUCGAGUGUAAUCUCGAUGGACAUGUUCGAUCAGGAUCUCAUCGUAGAUGGCUAUGAAGCCUUCCUGGAAACUGCUGAAAGCCACAAAGAGCAGUACUUGGACAAAAUGACCACACUGCUGAACUUUUACGAAGCGAAGAACGAAGUCGAGAUAUUGACAGGCAAUUUGCGUAACAAGUCGAUGUACUUGAAGCAUGAUAAUAGGAGAUUCGGGGAGGUUAAAGAUCGUAUUUUGGGGUCGGCCAAGAGUCUACAAAAAGAGGCCAAGGGGUGGUUUGAGAGCAGCUGCAAUGAGAAUGAUCAACAGAAAUUGGCAUCAGCAUGGUAUUUUGUGACCUAUCAUCCAACUUAUUCUCAUGGCAGUGCAAAUUGCUUGGGCUUUCCUUGGGUUGUAGGUAAUAUUUUGCUUGAAAUUAAGUCAAUUAAAAGCAACAAACUUGAUGAAAAUCCCUUGUUGUAACAUUUAUCUGAUUUUGUAGCAAUGUUUCAAUUGGACGAGACUGUAACAUCUUUUUCUCAUCUAGUAAACUUGCAGAUUCUGAUA